AUGGAUCUUUAUGAAGCUGCGAGGCAAGGCAGCAACGAUGAAAUAGAGUCUGCGGUCGACGAGGGGUUCGAUGUCAACACCCGUGACAAAGAUGGGAAAACCCUUCUUUGGUUUGCCGUACAGGGCGGCCAUUCUGAUACAUGCAGAAUUCUGAUUGCUCGAGGAGCUCGCGUGGAAGAGCAAAUCCCUGAUAUUCUCGAAUUCGCAGUUCAAAGGGAGCAUAUCGAUAUUGUUAAACUACUGUGGCCACACUGCAAAGUGGAAAGGCAACAUCGAUGUUUAGAAACCGCUAUCUCACUGGGCUUUCAUGGAAUCGCUGAUUUUUUGGUUGGAACUCAAGAGUUCAAGUAUCAGCACUCCAAACCCAGUGAUAUUGAGAUGCUCAUGAAAGACGGAUUCUCGGGACGAGAGAUUGCAGCUUUUCAGCACUGGGAAAGAUUUAUCUUUGUGCGGCAAUCGGAGAAGCUCAAUUUGCAUCGCGUCUUUUUUGACUACGCCCUCCUUCUCGCGACAAAGGCCGAUGGCAAUGUGGGGCUUCGACUAGUGAAUUUAUUGCUUGAGGGCGAGAAACCUUUGGCCAACGCAAAUUGCAAGAUCAACAUCAAUGGGGAGGUUGAGACACCCUUGACGAAUGCUGCCGAGAAAGGCAAUUUGGAAAUACUGGCUGCUUUGAUUAAGCACCCUCAUACAAGAUUGAUGAUAUGCGGCAAAUAUGACUGGCCUGCUUUUCUCCAUCUGCUGGCGAGCUCUGAGUCUAUCUCCUCGGAAAAAGGCCGGGCCAUAGCACGGACGUUGUCCAAGCAGACUUUUUCCGAUUCGUUCCUGAUUGAUGACAAGGAAGCUCGUCUGGAAACUGUACUCAAAAACGUCCUUCAGCUCGGAGACGAUGCUCUUGUGAAUCAGGUGAUCGACCUUGUCCAGGGCGCUGCAGGAAUUUCCAUUCUGCCUCUAUUGAUUAGAGCAAAUGUGACCAAUGGCUCGAGAUUGAUUUCGAAUAAUGUGACUGCACGCGCAUCCAAGCCUCCGCCGAUACUCUGGGUGUUGCUUUGCAACUUUUUUCAACGUAAUCCAAGCUCGGAGGCCUGGAAACUAUUUGUUCAAGUGGCAGAGUUUUUGGUUAAGAAGGCGAUCUGGGACCCAAUGAUACUGGUGUGCCUCAACUCACGCAACUUCGCUUUUGUCAAGCACCUAUUCUACCCUCUCGACGAGGUUCCGCCGAGGGAAGUGGCAGAAGAAACAUUGAGGGGAGUUUCUCAAGUGUCUACCGACCAAUCCCUCGUAAGGAUGUGGGUUGACAAAGGCUUUGCCAACGCCGCACUGUGGAGCGCCAUUCGAUCCGGGAUAUGGAGGAGCCCAGCAUUCGAAAACCUCCUUUCAUUCCCCCAUAUUGACCUGGAUGGGCCAUUUCCCCGCGAAAAGAGCUCAGAUAAAGGAGAAACAAAUAAUAAUUCACCUCCAGUGUCUGUCAAACCAACCGGCGAAAAACGAAAAUUCCCUUUCAGCCAACCUGCGGGAGGUCCCCAAAAGUUGCCCGUUGAACCCGUUAUGACGCAGAACCACGCCUACCAAGACUAUCAAAUGCAACUCAUGUUAUUGGAGCAACAGAAAAAGAGGCGAUUAAUGAUGGCCUGGCAGGAGCAAAUGAAUAUGACAAUGGGCAAAGGAAGUCCGGCUAGGAGAGUGGGAACAAGCCCUCUGGCUUGGGCUGUGGCAAAUCGUAAUGUUAAGCUUGUGGAAGUUCUUCUGCGCAGUCUGCGUGUCAAUGUCAACUCACAGGACGCUUAUUACCGAACCCCUCUCAUGCACGCCAUUGCCGUCAAUCACUGCCAAAUUGUGGAGAGACUGUUGGGAACUAGAGAUAUUGAUCUUAAUUUGCGGGAUGAUGAAGGUAGAACUGCUGUCUUCCAUGCAGCGCAAACGGGAGAUUUGCAUGUCAUCCAAUUGCUCACUGAGACCAACAAGGUGGAUUUUUCCAUUCGGGAUUGCAACGGCGAAAGCGUCCAGGAUAUUGCAAAAAAUAUUGGAAAACAAGAUGUUUUAGCUGCACUUCCUACUUGA